UCCUUCCCGGCCCCCUCCGAGGAGGGGCGCGCGGGGGCCGCCCCGGCACCUCCCGCCCGCCCUCCCCGCGCCGCGCUCGGAUUCCGGGAGGGCAGCGGCGCGCACGGUGUCCCCGGCGUCCUCCGUCCUGCCCCCCGAAGUGGAGAUGCGCGAGAGGCAGGCGAGGGCGCGCAGCUCGUGAGCCCCGUGGCAGCCGGCACCAUGCGCCUGCGGCCGCUGCCCCUCGUCGUGGUCCCCGGCUUGCUGCAGCUGCUAUUUUAUAGUGACAACAAACAGGUGGUGCAUGCCACAGAAGGGCUGGAUUGGGAAGACAAAGAUGCUCCGGGAACAUUAGUUGGAAAUGUGGUUCACUCAAGAAUCAUCAAUCCUCUGCGCCUGUUUGUGAAGCAGUCUCCAAUACCAAAGUCUGGACACCUGGCUUACGCAGACAGCAUGGAAAACUUUUGGGAUUGGCUGGCCAACAUCACAGAGGUUCAGGAGCCGUUGGCAAGAACUAAACGGAGGCCAAUAGUGAAAACUGGAAAAUUUAAGAAAAUGUUUGGUUGGGGUGACUUCCAUUCCAAUAUCAAAACUGUCAAACUCAACCUUCUCAUCACGGGGAAAAUUGUUGACCAUGGAAAUGGCACCUUCAGUGUCUAUUUCCGACAUAAUUCCACAGGCCUGGGCAACGUUUCAGUGAGUUUGGUACCCCCCUCCAAAGUGGUGGAGUUUGAAGUUUCCCCACAGUCUACCUUGGAGACCAAGGAAUCCAAAUCUUUCAAUUGUCGUAUUGAGUACGAAAAAACAGAUAGGGCAAAGAAGACCGCCCUGUGCAACUUUGACCCGUCGAAGAUCUGCUAUCAGGAGCAGACUCAGAGCCACGUGUCUUGGUUGUGUUCCAAGCCCUUCAAAGUUAUUUGCAUUUACAUUGCCUUUUACAGUGUUGAUUAUAAACUUGUGCAAAAGGUCUGUCCUGACUACAAUUACCAUAGUGAGACCCCAUACUUAUCAUCUGGCUGAAUCUUUCCACAGCAUCAGAAAUGAGAGACAAGUGUAUAUUUAAUUAGAAUGACCAAGAACCAAGCACAGUUCUUCAUGGUAAAAGAUCCUGUUUAUUUCUGGCAGUGAACUGAGUGUCCAACAAGCUUUUCAUUUUAAAAAAAAAAGGAAGAAGAAAAUGAGUAUCUUUAAAUGUGAAAUGUGUUUGUUUCCAUCAUAAGUACCUUAAUGUAACCAGAGUGGUUAUGAAGGCAUCACUUACAACCAAGAUGGCUAAGUCUUGAAAAUAUUUUUGUUUCUCCAAAAGAUGCAUCAAUGGUAGCAACACAAGAAAACAGGAAAGAUUUAUGCAUGUGAAAAACAUUGCUCUUGAAAUGAGCCUGCCUUUGAAAUAUGUAUUGGAAGCUUACUUUAAAAAUAGCAGUUUCAGUAAAGUAACUGAAAAGAUCGUAUUUGAUAGAUGAGUCACAUUUCUGACAUCAAAUUCUUUUUUUAUUGCUGUCUUUUCCCCUACAUCUGUGCUGUUAUUGAUAUGAGAGAUGAAGGGGUAAAAUUUGUUUCAAAACUUGUGUGUUAAGCUACAGUGCCACGGUAGAACUAAAUACAUUAUUAUUUGAGCUAGAGUUGAAUAGAAUGUAAUUUAAACACAGCCCUGUUCUUGUCACCAUCAUCAAGAUUAUCAUCUGAAUAGUAAUUUUGGUAUAUUGGCAAAGCAAAUCUGGAUAUGUCAGUUCAACAAAAAUGAAGAUUAUAAUACCCUUAGAUUUUUUUUGCCAACUGCAAUGCUAUAAGAGAAUAAAGCAUAUU